ACGGAUGCUGUUACAGCCUCGCUGAUCGUCGUGUGCAUGGCGCUGAUGGGACUUUUCCUCUUCUUCACCAUGGCCAUCAUCACCAUUCAUGACAGGCAGGGGAGCCUGUCUCCAAUGGCGAAGACCUUCUUUCUCCGUUACAUGGCAAAGUGCCUACUGCUCGGAGAUCUGACAGAGAAGAAGGUUGCAAGCGACGAUGGAGAGACUGGUCCCAGCAGCAGGAAGCUGACCAACCGCGUCUCCCCUGCCGAUGCCCCGGAGGUGGUCGACGUGCAAAGCCCGGCUGAUGUCCGCGAGACAGCCCGUCAGCCGCCCACGCGCCUGGAGGUUCCUGUGUCCUCCGCCUCCCGUAACAUGGAGGAGCUGGCCGAGGCCAUAAAGAACGAGCAGGAAGUGUCUGACUACACCCUGCUGGCUAAGGUCCUGGGCAGGCUCUGCCUUGUCAUGUACGUCAUCAGCAUUGCCGUGGCCGUGCCCAUGGCCGUGUAUCUGGGCAAGUAAAUUAGAGUUGUGUAAACGUGCCUUAACAAAACCAAAAAGUGCGACUUGAUUAUUAUGAUUAUUAUGCAUUGAUUCAGCUUUAAGUAACGUGCAUGUGCAGUCAGGGCAUGCCCUUACAAGGGCUUCUUUGAGAAUUUUAGUAAGGUAGUAAC